CACUGAGUUAGACUAUUCCAUUCUUCAAAUGAAAUUGUGACCUUUGCCUUUGCUGUCUCGAGAUAGUUUUAGUUCUUAUCUUAUCUUAAAAGCAAUAUUGGUUAAUUGUUGUGGUGUCUACCCGUACCCCGCAAUGAAAUAAACUUAUUAGUUUCAGUGACUUCGCAACAACCAACAAACAUAGACUCAAAUAAACAGAAAAUAAAGACAUUAAAGUAAAGAGUAAAAAGAAAAGAAGAGGGCACCCGUAUGGAAACUUUCUUUUAUUUUUAUUAUUUAUAUCUUACUUAUAACUAAAUUAUAAAUAUUACUAAAUAUUAUUAAAGUAUUAGUUAAAUUAGUAUUAGUCUUUGUUUUGUAUCAUUAUCGGUCCUUUAGACUUUAGAACUACUCAAACUUGUUAACUAGGCUUAUCUAAAUUAUUAUCACUUGGUGACUUAAUUUUAAUGAUAGUUCCAGAAAUUACACUUGCUGAGGCCUUGUUUGAUAUUUAUAAUAAAAACACUAACUAGUAUUUAGUAUUGUAAUUGUAUUGUAACUGUACUGAUACUAAGUCUAAUGGCAGUGGUUAAGCUACUAGACUAUACUAACCACUUUCCUUUCUCUCUCAAUCUCUCAAACUCAAAUAAAUAUAUUUUAAGAAAUGAUGACUUAAUCAGCAUCAGUUACUCAAAAAAGAUGUUAGUGUUAGUAUUUUACUAAAUUUUAGGCUAAUUUUAAAAUUAAAGUCUGUGUACUGUGUAAAAAUAGUAAAAUUAUAAUGUUCACUUAUACUUAUACUUAUUCACUUUAUAAACUUUAUAAUUAUAAUAGUAGUAAUAGUAAUAAUAUAUUAUAUACAUUAUACUAUACUAUACUUAUACAGCUUGAAUGAAGAUAGAAGAUUGAAGAUCCAGGAAAGACAUUGUCAUUGAUAACAUGAAGCAUAGGGCAUAGGCGAUAGGCAAGGUCAUACAAACUGUUGGGUUGGGGUGAAGGGGUGCCUGCCCAGGUGCCAGCCUCCAUAUAUAUAAGCAUAUCAUAUAAUUAUAAGCGGAGGAAAGGUGGUGGUCUGCCACAGGAACCAAAAUUGUAAAUUAUCCACUGUAUAUAUUUUAAAUAUGCAAUCUUAGCGGAAAGUGGGGUAGGGGGAGGGGGUAAUUUCAGUCAAAAGCAUCUAAAAGCAUUAUAUAUAAUUCCUAUAUUAUUUUUAUUAUUUAUUGAUCGGGAGUGGGGCACUAUUUUCAGGCUUCAGCGAAGUCACUGCUUUUCUCUAUAUGGCCCUGAUCAUAGCAAUAGCCAUGUUAAUGUUAUAUUAUUUAAUACAAUUUUGUAUUUUUCAAAUGAAUAUUUUUUAAACUAUUAUUUCGGAUAUUUAUAUAACCUUUUGCUUAACAAACCAUUUUCUUCACCAGAUGAGUCAUUUUUGAACAUGGACAGACUAGUUACAAUUACAAUUUUGUUGUUUUUCUGCUGUGUAUCAUUCAUCAGUGGGAAGGAAAAAAUCAAAGUCCUCAACGAUUUUGACAAGGUACAGCAUAAAGGUAGGCAUAGCUGGGCCACUCAUCCCUACUACAAGAAAUAAUUUUUAGGUGAUUAAUAAGUAGAGAGCUGAUUUUUUAUCCAUGCUAUGAACAAGUGAGGUUACCCUUGCUGCCUAGUGAAGUUACCCUUGCUGUCUAGUGAGGUUACCCUUGCUGUCUAGUAGUGAGGUUGUAUCCUUGCUGUCUAGUGAGGUUGUAUCCUUGCUUUCUAGCAACAGCUAUAUGAUUGGUUUUUUCAGGAGAUUUUUUCACCCUUUAAUUAGAAACCAUUUACUAUUUCUACUAUCUAUCACUUACUCUUCUAUCUAACAAUCAUUUUCUCCCAUUAUUUCCAACUAGUUUGUUCUAGAAAUAGCUUGAAUUGGCAUUUAUGAAACCUACUAUUGAGCAUUUAACAGUCGCUCAAUAUAGCAACUUCCAAACUUGUGGCCAAUAUUUACUGAUUUGUAUUUUAAAGAACUGUAUACUUAUUCAAUCCUAACACUGAAACUAUUGCAAUGCUGACCUUCAUAAAUAUAUAAAUAUAAAACUAUUGUUCCAACCCUCUUUCACAUAAUUUGAAUGAUAUAGCCCACUUUUGCUGACCAAAACACACUUAAAAAAAACAACACAUUGAUAUGAUUUAUCCUGACAUAUAAAUGGAUGAUAUUUAUAUAGUUAAUAUAGGAUGCCAAAAGAAACUAUAAAGGGUUGUUUUUUUUAAACAAUGCAAUAGUUGAUUUAAAAAUUUGUAGCCAGCUAAUUAAAAAUUAAACAUUUACUCUGUAAACUUUUCCUGAAUUCCCUUCAAUAAAUCUGCAAAUCAAAAAUCUUAAGUUCAUUAAUAAAAAUCAAAUUCGAUCAUCAACUACAUUAAAAAACUAAGAGCUUUAAGGUUUACCUUGUAUUUAUUUUACUAAAACUAACAGAUGUUUUUAAUUUAUCUGUUGCCAUAUUCAAAGCUGCUUUAUUUACUGCCAGAAGAAAGUUACAAAAUAUAACUCUUCUUUGACAUUGGAAUACCAAGCCUUAAACUAAUUACAAAUGUUUGCCUUGCAAUUUUCACCUUAGCUGCUGCCAUUAUACCAAACUAAAUGAAAUAUUCUAUUAAAAUUUUUUUAAAAUUAUUGUUUUCUCCUAGACUGCAGCUCAUUAUUGAAAGCGGGCUACAACAUCUCUGGAGUAUACAGAUUACAUCUAAAUGAUGCCGAUCAUUUGGUAAGUUAUUAUUGAUGGCUAACAGUUAGUCACAUCAUUGGUCUACAGGUGCAUGCAAUGUUUCAUUGUUAAUGUUUACUUACUGUUUGAACUAGCAUCUUAAACACCAUCUACCUCUUGCCUAUCUGUAUUGAUUCAAGCUCACGUUUCACCUAACAGAUGCCUUGUGAAUUCCGUGACAACACCGCCUUUACUGUUAUUCUUCGUCGUUUGAGCAACUCCUUGUCAUUCAUACAGCCAUGGGCCUAUUACGAGGCAGGGUUUGGUCAUCCUCAGGACAAUUUUUGGGGUGGUCUGGCACAAAUAUAUGCUUUGACUGCAGCAGGUCAGUCUGAUAUUUUGUCUAUGUCUUGCGGCUCUUUCAAAAAUAUUAUAGUGCGGCAUCAUUUCUUCUGCAAAGGAUAUUUAUGCUAAAUGGAAAUGGCUACAUUAUCUUAAAACUUUUAAAAAUCUAUAAUUGAAUAUUGAUUAAGGGGGGAGGGAGGGGUUUAAUCUAAACAUAUAAGGUGAGAAAGUGCACAUUGUUUUUGCUUGUGUCACAGGCAACAAUAAGUUACAAAUCAACAUGCAGGAUUGGGCAGGAAACAACCAGAAUGCUGUUUACAGUGGAGUGUAUUUAGAGAACAGAGACACUCGGUACAGGCUUCAUGUGGGAGCCUACAGAGGUGAGAUCAUCUGCUCCUAACACCUUUGACAAUCACUGACAUGAGCUUUGAAUUCUACCUGACAAUCAUUGUCAUGAGCUUUGAAUUCUGCCUGACAAUCAAGACAUGAGCUUUGAAUUCUGCCUGACAAUCAUUGACAUGAGCUUUGACUUCUGCAUGGUGCAAGAUUUCAACCUUUUUAAUGUUUUUUUUUUUUUUUUUUUUUUUUUUUUUUUUUUUUACUGAACUCCUCAUUUUAUAGACAGCUUUGAUUUACUAACAAUUUUAUUUAUUUUGGAGAAUGCUCAUCAUUUAUAUUUUGUAAAUGAUCUUCAGUUGACCUAUAUUUACAAUAUUUGAUCAAAAUUUCAAAGUGAAUUGUGAAUGGACAGCUAUUCUUGUACCAAGAAAGACAUAAUUUAGUUGAUGCAUUAUUCUUAGUAUAAAGGUAUUGUUAACUCUAUUUAUUCUAGUUCUUAUCGUCUGUCUCUCUCUAAAUUUCAUAGUGAAUGACAAUUUUUUUCUUUCUAAGUUGGUAUUUGGUAGAAAGUUUUUAGAAACCAAGCUCAAUAAAGUUAAAUAAAUAUUUAAUUACUAUGUUAACAAACUAUGACACCAAAUAUGUCUAAAUUAUUUUUUUUUUAUAGGGUCAUUACCUGAUGAAUUGACCUACCAUAACAACAUGCCAUUUUCAACUUACGAUGCACCUGACCCUUAUGGUAACUAAUUCAUAUCUAAAAUUAUUUUUAAUGUAUUCCAUAAAAGAAAAAAAAAGCAACUAAUAUUGAAAUAGAGGAGAUCAACAAUGCUAUUUAUUAAAGAAGAUCUUUCGCGUUCUAAAAAACAAGGUACAUAAUAUUGUAGAUAAAAUGACUUGCCGUGACAUUAAAUAAGAUGGUCAUGUCCACACCCAUAAAAGUCACUUCAACACUGCUUAAUUCACUCUCCCUAAUGCUCCUAUAAUGACAGAGUUGUCUACAUUUCAAGACACUGGUUAUUGCUUGAUAUUUGUCAGUGGUCAUUCACGCCAAUGGUGCAAUUCUGGGAUAGUAAGCAAACCCUGAGAAUAGAAAACCUCAGCCACCUAAGUUGGAAGAAAGCAGCCAUCCUUUUAAAAAUUGGCUAUCACAGUAUAAUGAAACAAUAUAUGUCAAAUGAAGAAAUAAAUAGACAAAAAUGAAGAGUAAAAUGUGCAGUUGUAAAUUUUUCCAGGCUGUGCAGCAAACAUGAAGGCAGGCUGGUGGUACAACUUCUGCGCAUACACCCUGCCCACUGGCAUCUAUUACAACGGUGGAUGGUACACGCCAGGAGGCUCCAUGUAUGAUGGAAUUUUCUGGAAGGAUUGGUACGGCUACAACUACUCUCUGAAGUUCAUCUCUUGGACUUUAUCCCCCUAAAGUGGUGUCCCUUGUCAGGCCUUAGAUAAUUUUUUAUGCUUUUUGGACAGUUUUUGUUUUAGAGUACACAGUCAGGCAUCAGAAGAUCAUGGUCAUGUUUCUCAUUGUUUUUUUCAUUGUUAAAGGAGAAAUGUAAUUUUGAUGGCAGAAUUAUAUUUUUAGUAUAAAUAUUCUACAAAGGAAGUUCUUUGGAAACAAAUUUGUCAUUUAAAAAAAAAAACAUUUGUUUGGAUCUCGGAGCCUGUUGAAACAUCUACCAUUCCAUCUAUCGACUUUUUUUUUAAGAUACACUUAAGACUUCAAGAUGAAAAUACCCAUACAUCAUUUUUUUUUGCGGUAAAAUUCAUAAAGGCCAACACUAAAGGAAUUGAAGAAUCAGUUAUGCACUGCCUUACAAAUUAUUUGUUUAUCAUACAAAAUUGUAUUAUUUAUUAACAGAUUUGUUUUACCCCUUUCACUUACCCAAAGCUUUAUUUAAAAAUCAUUCCGCUUUUUAUUAUGAAACAAAAUUUUGUAAUUUCAGUCUCUUUUUUUAUAUCUACAAAUCUAGUAAUGUUAGCUUGUUAUGUUCCAUGUGUGUAUUACACUAAAUGUUUAAACAUUUUAGAUUUUAAACUUAAUGAUAUUUAUUUCAAACUGAAUCUCCCAUCAAGAUAAAGAAAGUUCUUUCCAUUUAGUUUAUUUGAUAAUUCAGUUCAAUUAAUACAUUUUUACCCACACUAAUUUUUGGUCAGUUUUUGUAAUUUGCUUUUGGACAUAUGCGACCCAUUCUGACAAAAGGACAGAUAAGUCACUGGAGCAAUUUUUAUGUAGUGGGGUUCCAGCUGGGUGAAAAUUAUAUUAUUUUUGAAAUAGAUAAAUUAUACAAUGUUAUAUCAUAUUAUAGCGCUAUUUUUUAAAAUAAUAAAUUAAAUGACCAUGUGUUGAAAUGCCUACUCAUGUUCCCAAUAGUUAUACAGUUUAUUAAAGCGUACCUUAGUUUAAUGCCUUACACAUUGCUCUAUCAUGUUAUACACAUGUUAUACAUUGAUCAAAAGGCUGGAAGCCCUUCUUCUGUUCGAUUACCACAAUGUAUUUUAUAAACCAAUGAAAGUCCUAAUUUAAGUUUAGCCUUGGUUAUAAAACCUAGCUCUACCAAUAUGCUAUCUGUGAUUGGUGGAAGCAACUAAAGGGACAUAAGCGCUAUCUAUUUGAUGUCCAAAAUAGCUUGUUUAUUUAAAAAAUUGCUUCACCUUAAUAAAACAAUUGCAGUUUUUUUAAUUAUUGUUGAUGUCACAGAAAAGGGAAUCCAAUGCCGUUUCCAGCAAUGCAUAGGUAUUCAAAAUAUGAUUAAGGUUGCUGUGGACUUCUGCGUGAUACAAUGCUAAAACUUUUAAAAAAACUUUUCCUCAAAACUCUGAUGAUUUUUUACAGCUGACCACUUCAAAGUCUCACAGAAAAGUUAAGAAUGUAGCUUAGUAGUAUUCAGUUGUGUAUCAAAUGAAAGCCUGCCCAAGCCCUUUUAAACCAUAUAUAAAACUCCUCCUAAACUCGUAUCUAUGUGUCUGUGAGAACAGGUCACAUGUGAUUGCUUGCAACUUUUCUGAUUAUGAAGCUGUUCUUUCAGGCAGUAACUACAAAGUGUGCCUUAAUAAAUAAUUAGUGGAACAAGAUAUGUUUUGACUUGCAAAAAAAAAAAAGGCAGGACAGUGAAAUUUUGGCUAAAUGCCUUCUUCAUCAGCCAAUGCAAA